GGCGUGUAAAUGCUGGCGGUGGGGGAGGGGCUGCCUCAGUGUCUGUUCCCCACUUUAAAGGACCCCGGAAAAGGGACAAACACGGAAGUGCCGGGCUCAGGCCGGGGCGGCUCCGUCUGGACCCCGAGCCACAGCGGGGCUUUGCCCUCCCCCAGGAGAGAGAAGGGGCCGCCAGCCCGGAAGAAGGGAGGCAGCUGGGGGAGGGAAGCAGUCACAGGAUGGGGAUGGGGCUGGUCCUGCCCUUCCCCCCAGGGGAACGUCCAGGGGAGAAGCAGCCCACGUGAGCCCGGUCAUGGGGCAGCAGGGGGGGUGCCCGUGCCCACAUGCCAGGGGGGGAGCCUUGAUCUCAGCACUGACGGAAUGCCAGCCCGCUCUCCCCGCCCCCAGCUGGUGCCCCGCCCACCCUACCCUCCGUCUCCUCCCAGCAGCCUCCCUCCCUCCACCCUGUGCGGCCCUGAAUGGGAUGAAGCCAAAGAUGACGUCAGAGGGGGCGGGGCUUCUUCCUGGCGCACCCAGAGGAAGUCUCCCCCCCUCGGGGCUGCCACCCCCCACCCGAAGCACCCCAGGGUGGCCCCGCAGAGAGCCCGCAGCCAGAGGAAUGGCCCCCGGGACCCCGAGGCCCCCCUCCCAGGACAUUCCUCACGGACUCCAUGGGAAGGCCGAGCUGCCCGUUCCUGUUCCUGGGACUCGUGGGCUUUCCUCACGGUUAUACAUUCAGAAGACGGUUUGUGGAAGCCCUUUCCGAGGGACGUUCUCCGUGGUGGACAGACAAACGCCCCCAACCCAACUAGCAGGCGCUGACAAGGCCCGGACGUUGCUAGAUCAUUAGGCACCACGUCAGUGCCGGGAAACUCCGAUGUGGUGUUGAGUGAUGCGCAGGCGAAGUCUCUGUCCAAUAUGGCUCGUGCCUGUGUUUGGGGGCCACGUUUGGUCACAUCUGGCAGCUGGAACUGGACGGACUCAGAGAAGAGAAUUCUUCCCGCCAAUCAGGAAAUGCCUUCCAGGCCGAGGUCUUGUGUGACACACAGGCUGGGUAGCACCCAGAGUCGCCUGUUGGAAACGCCACUCUGGACCAAGACCUUACGUGGACCGGAAUCCAGUGUCCCAGCCCGCCGUUCCUGUUCCUGCCAGACAACUUCCUCAGCGACUUCUCUAGUGACGGGAAUCUGUGAAACAAGCUUUUCACUGACUUCUGGCAGCCAUUACAGGAGCUGGUUAGGGUGGACAGAAACCUGCCAGGACAGUGACCAGAUUUCCGAACACGAGGAACCUGCUGUGGCUCAGUGUUGGAGGUAUCAGUUUACAGUGUAGGAUCACGAAUGCGAGAUAAGCACACCCGAUGAUCAGCUUUACAUAAAUGAAUUGAACCCUGGCCUGCAUUCUUACAGGGCACAGACAAUGUGGAGGAGGAUGUUGGGCUCCCUGUCAAUGGGCAGCAGCAGCUAUGGGACACCAGCAGCCACUUGGGCUGGGUCUGGCAGGGAUGCUGUGGCUGUUGGUGGCCCAGAGGAGGCUAGAGAGGUUCAGGGCUCAGCAGCCUCCUGCUUAGGUCCUUCGAUGGAGUGACUUGCAUCUGUCUGGGACAGCAGGUGUGGAGAGCAGAGAUCUCUUCUGAAAAAUGUCCAAAGUUUAGAGCAGCCUCCUUUACCAUGGGCAGGACAGGGCAGGGUGGUAAGAGAGAAAACGAGUUAAAUCUUUUCACCAGUGAAGAACUAACUCACUUGGGGUGCACAGGUUGGGGGUUCUUUUUAUUAAACCCUUACCUUCUGUCUAGAAUCAAUGCUGUGUAUUUGUUCCAAGGCAGAAGAGUAGUAAAGGCUAGGACUAGGCAGUGGGGGUCAAGUGACUUCUCCAGGGCCACACAAGGAAGAGUUGUCAGCAAGACCAAAGCAAGAGAAAAUUCCAAAAGAGCCCAUUGAAAGAGUAGAAAAAAGAGUAGCCAGACAAAGAUCUCCACCAUGACUUUUCCAGCACAUUCCUUCUGAGUAAGGUGGCUUUUCUCUGGAAUGGUGGAUUAUCAACGUCAUGUUUAAGGAGUCAUCAGACAACUAUAAAUUUGUCUAUAAGUGUAACAUCAGUUAGUUUGGAAUACUAUUAAAAUGUAUACUUUUAGAACAAGAAUGUGAUUACAUUGGUUAUAUGUAAAAAUCAGCGUAACUGAUUCAAAUGGAAUAUAAUUUUAUUUAACCAUAAGAACUUACCUCAGUUUACCAGUUUGUACUAUCGGCUAAAGUAAUGUCUAACAUAUGCUAAGAUACUGGGUUAAAAUGGGACAGUCUUCAACCUGGAAUCUUUGGGGUUAUCUCUCUUAGGAAUCUCUCAUAGGCCAAAAUGGCCUAGGCCUUUCUCUUUAAGAGAGAAACUAAGUCAGUCUUUAAUCACCACAAGGUCGUUCCAAGCAAAACUCCAGUGUUCAGAGAGACCCUCCAAUUCAGCUUUCAGAGCUGAAUUCACUUCAGAGGCCUCAAGCUCCUUCCUUUUAAAGAAAAUUUUCUUUUGUGUCACCUCUCCUAAAUUUUCACAUCUACCAAUCACAGUAGACGCUUUUCCUAGGACUGCCCAUUCUUAGUUUUCACCACUCUUUAGUUCUCACCUUCUCUGGGUAGAUUAUAACUUCUGAGUACUUCGAACCUCUUUGCUAAGUUUGCCCUUUGUAAGUUGCUUGCCCUUUUAGUGAUUAAUUUGACCUUCAUAGUUACUUAGCACCCUUUUGUAUUAGAUCUAAAAAUAGACCUAGCUUUUGCCUCACUAUAAGUAUGGGUUAAGUACCUUUUCAUUGUUCAGUAAGGAAUUUUAGAACUUUAUCUUCCCCUAAAGUAUGCCUAAGUAUGGGUGGAGUAAUGUAAAGUUCUCACAUACAUUCCUGACUAAGUACCUCCAUUGUUUAAAAUGGGGAAUAGCCUUAACCAAAUGUUCUAAGGUAAAGUCUGAGAAAUUUUAAGAUUCACACACUGCAUGACUAGACUCCAGUGCUGGCUCUGACACCCUUCAAGAUUAGAAGUCUGGGUAAAUCUCUUUUGUGAUUAAGUUUUCUCCAGUCACUGGAUGAGGGUUGUACUAGAUGAAUUCUAAUGGUUCAGAUCUAAAUCUUGCGACUUUUGCUG